GACCCCAGAAAAACACCAUUGCAUGCCCUUCCCCUUCCCCUUCUCUUUCUUGUUCUUGUUUCUUUGUUCUAUGAUAUAACCACCAGUACUCCAUCAAAUAUCUUAUCUUCGAAUCAUUCUCAUGUAUUUGUUGUGUGAUUCAAUGUUGAAAAGAUGAUGUAUGAACAGAUACAGCAGCAGCAGCAGCAGCAAAUGAUGAAUAGGGUAGAUAGAAGGAAGGUUAUGGGAGAGAGAAGGAAGGCAAUCGAGGAAGAAGAAGUUGAUUUGAGUGGUAUGUCUUUGGAGACUAUACCUAACCCUUCACUCAAUUUAGCCGCUAUUUGCAAGCUUAACCUCUCCAACAACGAUCUUCAGAUGAUACCAGAAUCCUUAACAGCAAGAAUGCUAAAUUUGGUGGUGUUGGAUGUUCACUCAAAUCAGCUCAAAUCUCUCCCUAACUCAAUUGGGUGCUUGUCAAAGCUCAAAGUUCUUAAUGUUUCAUGCAACCUUCUUGUGUCCCUUCCCAGAACCAUAGAGAAUUGCAGGAAAGAUGUGAGGAAGAUACUCAAGAGGAAAGACAGUGAUGCUGGUGAAAGAGGAAGAGCUUUAGAAGAAUUACGGUCUUCUUUAUUUAGCAGAUUUCACUUGUCUGAAAGCACGAAGCGACAACAAUUAUGUGGCCUUGUCAUUGCUCUUACGUUCAAUUUUCUAGUUGCUAUUGGUAUUAUUUUCAUGAACAAAUAG